UAUGAGUACUAAAAAAGGUAGAAAAAGACCGAUGGAUCUAUAUAUGCUUCAAGGAUCCCAGAAACAACAAGGGCAAGCAGGAGGCUCAAAAUUGAGACAAACAAAUAUAAGUGAUGCUUGUGAUAAAGAAAUAAGAGGAAGAACAAUUCAGCACAUUGCUCGCUUCUUCUAUCAGGCUGGUCUUCCCCUUAGUACAACUCGUUUAGACAGUUUUAAGGAUAUGAUUGAAGCUAUUGGAAGAUAUGGUGCAGGAUUAAAACCUCCAAGUUAUUAUGAGAUGCGAGUUCCAUUGCUGCAAAAAAAGUUGAAUUAUACAAAUGACUUACUAAAGGGUCAUAAAGAAUCAUGGGCAACACAUGGUUGCUCUAUUAUGUCAGAUGUUUGGACUGACAGGAGGCGCAGGAGUAUAAUUAAUUUUAUGGUUAAUUGUUCUUUAGGGACUAUGUUUGUGAAGUCAAUAGAUGCUUCAUCUUUUGUAAAAUCUGGAGACAAGAUAUAUGAUUUACUUGACAACUUCGUGGAAGAAAUUGGAGAACAAAAUAUCGUUCAAAUCAUAACCGACAAUGGAAGCAACUAUGUUUUAGCUGGUAAAUUGCUUGAAUCAAAAAGACAACACUUGUAUUGGACUCCAUGUGCAGCACAUUGUAUUGAUUUAAUGUUGGAAGAUAUUGGAAAGAUCUUAGAAAUCAAGAAAACCUUAGAAAGGGCAAUUUUUGUUGUUGGAUUUCUUUAUAAUCACAUUGGAGCUUUGAAUAUGAUGAGAGAAUUUACAGGGAAUAAAGAAUUAGUGAGACAUGGUGUUACCCGAUUUGCUACUUCAUUCUUGACAUUACAGAGCGUGCAUCGUCAAAAACAUACUCUGAGAAAUAUGUUUACCUCUGAGAAAUGGGUGACAAGCAAAUGGGCAAAAGAAGCAAAAGGCAAGAGGGCUGCUGAUAUCAUCUUAAUGCCAUCCUUUUGGAAUCAUGUAGUUUAUAUAUUAAAGGUAAUGGGCCCUCUUGUUCGAGUCCUUCGAUUGGUGGAUAAUGAAAAUAAGCCUGCAAUGGGAUAUAUUUAUGAGGCUAUGGAUAGAGCAAAGGAAACGAUUAAAAGAUCUUUUAAUGAAAAUGAAGAAAAAUAUGAGAAAAUUUUUACAAUCAUUGACGAAAGAUGGAAUUGUCAACUUCAUCGUCCCUUACAUGCAGCAGGAUAUUAUUUGAACCCUGAAUUCUUUUAUAAGAUUAAAUCUGUUGGAUUUGAUGCAGAAGUUUUGGGUGGGUUAUAUCAGUGUGUUGCAAGAUUAGUUCCCAGCAUUGAGGUUCAAGAUAAGAUUAUUCAUGAAUUAUCUUUAUAUAAAAAUGCUGAAGGUCUUUUUGGAAUUCCAAUUGUCGUUCGAUCCAGGACAACUACCUCUCCAGCUGAAUGGUGGAGUCUAUUUGGAAAUUCCACCCCGAACUUACAGAAAUUUGCUGUCAAAGUACUUAGUUUGACAUGUAGUGCUUCGGGUUGUGAGCGAAACUGGAGUGUCUUUGAGCAUAUUCACUCGAAGAGAAGAAAUCGGUUAGAACAUCAACGAUUGCACGAUCUUGUUUACAUAAAGUAUAAUCAAGCUUUGAAGACUCGUCAUGAUUUGAAAAAUAGAUUUGAUUCAAUCUCAUUGCAAGAUAUUGAUGAUUCAAAUGAGUGGUUAGUAGGAGAAAUGGGUGCUAACUUGCAAGAUGCUAAAGACGAGCUUGUAUUUGAAGAUGAUAGAUUGACGUGGGGAGAUGUGGCAAGAGCUUCAGGUGCUGGAGAAUUACAAACAUAUACAAGACAGAUGUCAAAGAGAAAAAUGAGUGCAAAAGCAUCAAGCUCGGCUCCUGCUAUUGUUGAAGACAUAGAGAAUGAAACAUAUCUUGAUGAAGAGGAAGGAAUCGAAGAACAAGAGGAAGAAGACGAAUUCAAUGAAGAUGAUUUGUAUGAAAAUGACGAUAAUAUUGAUUAUGAUGAAUGACUUUGAUGUAAAAUG